AUGCGAACACACCAAUGCGAACACACCAAUGCGAACACACCACAUCGCUCCACUCCGACAGGCAGGACCUUCUCACUAACCAGUGAGGAGAAAAAAAAACUAAGCUGGUGCUCGAGGCUGGACAUGCAACCUCGCCAAGAAGAUUACAACUUCGAAAGUGACGAUCCCCCCCCUGGAAGGAAGGAACAAAUAAAAACACAGUUCAAAUACUUAGUGCCAGGCGAAAGGGUCAAAUUUUACGUCACGUACGAUCAACAGAGCCAUUCGACCAAGGCGACCAAUGUGGACCUCCUGGACUGA